ACAAAUAUAUAGUAAUCCACCCAAAUGUCAAGGGUUAAGGUGGCGGAGUGAGUUCCUAUAAAAGAGCGGCCGCCGCCUCUCAGAGUCAGUCCUUCCAGUAGCCGCGUCUUGGAGUGCUGAGGAAGACCACGACAGCAAUCAUGAAGUUUUUGGUAGCCAUGUGCCUGCUGGCGGCGGGCGUCAGCGCCCAGUACGGGCAGUCUGGCAUCGUGUAUCCUGACGGCAGGCUGGUGCAGUUCACCCGCGAAGAGGCCGACAACAUCGCCGCCGUCGGGGAGGCGGGCGUCGUCAUGCAUGACGGAACCCAUGUCCAGUUUGACCGCGAUUUUGCCGCCCAUCAUGCUGGCACCCCCGCCGCACCCGCGCCCGUGCCCGUCCCACAGGAGGCUCAGGGUCCCUACGGCUACUCUGGUAUCGUGUACCCUGACGGCAACAACGUGCAGUUCACCCCAGAGCAAGCCGAUGAGAUCGUUCUUGUCGGGCCCUCCGGUGUCGUCAAGGCCGGCGGCAGGAACGUGCAGCUGAACAGCGACGGUCUGCCCUCCCGCAGGAAGCGUUCCCCCUCCCAGGUGCUGCUCACAGGCCCCUCCGGCGUGCUCUUCAAGGACGGCCAGAAAAGGCACCUGCCUGUAGGUGUUGAGAUCGUAGUGGAGGGCCCCUCCGGCGCCGUCCUCGCCAACGGUGACAACGUCCAGUACCGCAAGAAGCGUUCCCCCUCCCAGGUGCUGCUCACAGGCCCCUCCGGCGUGCUCUUCAAGGACGGCCAGAAAAGGCACCUGCCUGUAGGAGUUGAGAUCGUAGUGGAGGGCCCCUCCGGCGCCGUCCUCGCCAACGGUGACAACGUCCAGUACCGCAAGAAGCGUUCCCCCUCCCAGGUGCUGCUCGCAGGCCCCUCCGGCGUGCUCUUCAAUGACGGCCAGAAAAGGCACCUGCCUGUAGGUGUUGAGAUCGCAGUGGAGGGCCCCUCUGGCGCCGUCCUUACCAACGGUGACAACGUCCAGUACCGCAAGAAGCGUUCCCCCUCCCAGGUGCUGCUCGCAGGCCCCUCCGGCGUGCUCUUCAAUGACGGCCAGAAAAGGCACCUGCCUGUAGGUGUUGAGAUCGCAGUGGAGGGCCCCUCCGGCGCCGUCCUCACCAACGGUGACAACGUCCAGUACCGCAAGAAGCGAUCUUCCGGAGCAGUGGUUGGCCCAUCAGGUUUGAUCACCCCAAGCGGCAGGCUGAUCCAGCUUGCUCCUGGAGUCUCCGUUGUUAGUGCUGGUCCAUCUGCUGCUCUUCUCUCCACCGGAGAAGGCAUCCAGUACAGCCGAAAGAAGCGGGCCGUAGUUGGCGAGAGCGGCAUCAUCACCCCUGGCGGCAGGCUUAUCCAGCUCCCCCACGGCGUCACCGUUCUCCUUGCAGGACCCUCCGCGGCUCUGCUUUCCAACGGCGACUCUGUCCAGUAUGAACAUUAAUUCCAUCUUAACUACAUUCCCGGAAGGGGUUUUGGGAAUGGCUUAGGCUUGGCCUCGUCUCCGAUGGAGACUCAUAUCAGCAUGAUCAAUUAUCCAAGGAGUCGCAACGUCGUCACUGACACAUUACCGAAGUCAUCAUGAGAGCUGAUGCUUAAAUAUAUUUUUAAUGUA